AUGCCCUGCCCAAUUAUGCAAAUUUCUCCUGCCAAUCUAUCUCAAAAUAACGCUCCUGGCCAAGAAUCACCGAAACUGCCGUCAGUUUCGGCUCCCCUGCGUCGCUCUCCACGUCUUUCUAGUCCUAUUCCUGUGACUCCGGACGUUUCACGAAAAGAAGAGCGUCUCAUCACUGUCGUUGAAGAGGUUAUGCAGGAAUCACGUCCGGAUACGCCAGAAAACGAGCAGAUGUCUAACGAUGGUGAGCGCGGUCUACUUCUCUUUCAUACUCAUCUUCAGCUUUAUGCAGAACCAUCAUCCGUCCUCGCCUCAAGAAUAAUGCGUGCUCAUGAUAAUCCGUCUCCGCCACCUCAGGACAUCGACGGGGAUUCAUCACUGGGAAAACGGAUUGCCAUCUUCCCAUCCGUCGAUGUAUUCGAAUCGCCAUUGCGACUUUCGAGAAGUCUUUUUCGCCGUCCCGAAUCUCCAAGCCAGGUGCCAUUACCACCAUCAUCGCCUAUUCUUACCCAUCUUCCGAGUCCAAUACCGAUAACUCCCUGUGAAACAGACAUCUCGCAACCGGAUUUGAUAUCAUUCGACUUGUUCUCUGAUAUGCCAUCUGGUCCGUCCGUACCAGCACGCUCCACCUCUUUACUGGAUAGUUCACCCGCCAGUUCAUUGUCCUCCAAAGGGGAAGGAGCUGCAAUCGCUUCGUCUCCCCUCUAUAACGUGGAGUCUACCAACUCCGAUAUAGAGCGAGAAUCGUUCAGCAAUACUAGCGAAGAACAGGACGCAAUGGAUGCAUUGAUUCCUGCUGAUGAGAAUCCCACUCUACCGAUUGCGUCCACCAGCACUACGGUCCAGAAGCUUGCAGAUGAUUCCCAAACCCCUGUUCGAUGGUCUAGUCGGCCUCGCCGAAGCCUGCUACCUACUGCACUUUCUCCGAUCAGGGAAAAGCUAUCUGUGGCUCGCUUGCCUAGUUCCAGUGAAGCUUUGGCGAAAACCGAAGGCAAAGGGAAGGGAAAAGAAAGAUCAUUUCCUAGGGAGGGCGAGUUUCUUGAGAAGAGCGAAGAAAGCGCGGUAUCGAUGACGCCACGCACCAGACCAGCCAGGCGACGGGACGGGUCUCCAAUGCGCAGGAGGGCGUAUGAUGCCCCUGGUAUUUCCAGGCGACAGCUAGCAUCAUUGUCACCGGGUUCUGCUAAUCUUCUUGGACAAUUACCAUCUGUUCUUCGCCCAUCGCCAGGUGACGCGAAUGUUACCCCUUCCGCACCUCAGCCGUUUGGUUUGCCCCUGUCCACGACCUUACCUGUUGACUCUUAUGGUCCCAUUCGUUUUCCAAGUCCAAAGCGGCAAGCUCAGAUUCUAUCCCCCGAAAGGCCACAAUUUCGUCUUCCCUUAGGGGAUCCGAAUAGAACACCCGCUCGGCGGAUACCUUUAGAGCAAGCGGUCGCGCAAGGACAGUUGUCACCCCAGAGAGCUGCUAUUCUCUCUAAUCCUCGAACAGAUAAAUCCGGGUCCCUCUUUAAUAUACCACCAUCAGACAGUCCUCCACGGAGAGUUCCUCUAACGGGCCCCGAGUCCCCGAUAAGGGCAAGUAGGUGGGGUGGGGUCAGGUUUGGGGGGAAGUCGCCUGAGCGAAGUAGGUCAGUGGAACCACAAGCAGUUACACGACCAACCGCUACUUUUCAGAAGGGGAAGCAGCGAAGUGGGUCUGCUGAGCCUCCGGGUUGGUCUGCGUCUAUGAAACUUGGACCACCACGACAGUUGCCGUUCCCAAUAUCGGCAAGUCAUCCACAGCUGCCGUCUUCCAUUCCCGAAGAAACCGCCCCUGGGGAUCCACCGCCAACUGCGCCUAUAGCUACAACAAUCGAAGGCGAUUCUGUUAAUGAACCCGCUGUGUCGAGGUCACGAGUAACACCCCAGUCGCAGUCCUCCAAGUCUAACUUGAGGCAACCCAGCGUCAGUACAAGUAAAAUUCCGAGAAAGAAACCGUAUGCAAGGCCAACUUCGGCUGGCACAGUCGCGGAAACUCAGACUGUGAAAUCUUCUAGAACAACUGGCUUGCGAAGAGCCGAUCCUUUCGUUCCUGCUUCAAAGGCUUCAACUCUAGGACUAAGGCAUUCUAUGCCAACAACGACUAAUCUGAAGCGUAAACGCGGAACCGAUCCUCUGCCCUCUCCUUCUGGGCCUGCUUCCACAGCUGUACGACAGGUUUCUUCUCUUAUAAAACCCUCUAGUCCAACCAGGAAACCUUCUCAAAGGACCUUGAAGCUACGUUUGGUGGCAGAGAACGACAGUCGCUUGGUGAUGAGCAAGUUGCCCCCAAUGGAACUAGCAUCGGCAUCCCCGCCAUCUCCACGGAACAUUGAAAGUGUACAGCAGCUGAGUGCUCCUGCUGAAGACACUCCGCCCCCUGAGAACUUAGUACCCACUGAUACACUGGCAUCUCCCAAAGCAGAGUCCUCGUCAGAAAGUGGUAAACUCAUCGAUACUUCACCUGUGGCUCCUCCGGAUCCAGAACCGCCUCUGCCGGGCGUUCGUCGGACCACCAGAGUGCGAAAGUCUAUUCACCCUGGCACUGACUUAUUCAGUCGUCCCUCCGAUGCACCUCCACCGCGUGCGCGCAAACCUAAAGUUGAGGAUCCUAUGUUUGCGGGUAUGACGUCGAUAGCUCUGCGUCAGUUGACGUCGUCGAAUACAGUGAAAAACCAGGUAUACCUCGCUGCCACGCUGGAGACUGAGAUUAUACGGAAGGAAGGGGCGCGUCCGGAGAGUCCUAUCAUGAAGGCACGGACGGUGUUGCAGAAAGAGGCGGAUGAAAAGGGAACGCUGAGGAAGGAACGCGCUGAGAGACGGGCUAGGAGGUUGAAUGAAGAGAACAAGGAGGAUGAAGAGGAGAAUCUGAGUGCAGUGGAAGAAGACGACGAUUGGGAUCAGCUCGAUAGCAGCCCGGUGCGGGUUGGGAUGCAUCGACGAGGGCCAGGGGAGGAAGAAGACUAUGUGACUCCUGUUCGACGUCCACCGACGAAGGCGAGCUUUGCUGACGAACCAAAUGUGAGAGAAAAAAGGCACGUCAAGUGGGACCGAGGGCUGUCUACCGCAAUCUUUGUAGAUGAGCUCAAGCUGAAAGAUAUCAAUCCACCAAAAGAAAAUGACAUUAAAAAGAGUUGCUUGGCUCCUACGGCGAAGGCAAUACCUUUGGAUAUGUUGGGUAAUUUGUCUAAUGCUUCAUCAGCAUUGGAAGACAUCAUUCCAGAGAGUAUUGUUGUUCAGAAGUUCGUUUACGAUAGCGAUCUCCUACAGGAGCCGGAGCCGAUGGUUGUCAAAACUACCCGCUCGAGAUCCAAGAGGAGUAAAUCAUGA